AUGAGUUUGCUGGACGUUGAAGAUAGUUACAACAGUGAUGAAGAUGAGGAUUAUGUAGAGCCAGCUGAUGCUCCAAAGGAUGUAAAUGCCGCUUUGAUUGCAAUUGCCGAAGCCAAAGAGAAAAACACGGAAGAUGAGCCAACAAAGUAAGUUUUUCGUAUGUUUGCACGCCAAAUUUAUUUGUAGAUGUGUUCGUUUGAAUUUUUAGGUAACAAAAGUUAUUAUACAGAGAAUCAUGGACUUUUUGGUCUAUAUUUGCUUUGUAAUCUCCCAAACGUUCACAUUUCAACUUUUUUUUACUUGUGACCCUCGCGGCUUAUUUCAGAGAUGCCGACUCUUUAUGGGCCGAUUUCUUGGCCGAUGACGAUGCUUCGACAAGUGAGAAAAAGGAGGAUAAACCAAAAGAAGAAGAAAAUGUGGUGAAGAAAGUAUACGACUUUGCUGGUGAACGAGUUGAGUAAGUUGAAAUUUUUUAACGACUUUUUUCGUGACCCGCAAGGAUUUUCUUCAAGAAUAAUAUUUUAAAACAAGGAGAAUAUUUCAUCGUUGUUUUAAUUACUAAAAUUUAUUUUUUAGAGUUGAAGUGAAACCGAAGCCGGCCUCGAAUCCUUUCAAACGUAACUCCACAAAAUCUGGUUUGGAUUCAGUUUUGUCAGCUUUAAAAAAACCUAAAAAGAUGUCAGUUUUGGACAAAUCUAAACACGAUUGGGGGAAGUUUGUCGUGGAAGAGAACAUUGAGGCAGAUUUGGAAAAGCACACCAAAAGUAAGGACAGUUAUUUGGACAAACAACGAUUCAUGUCGUCAGUGGAUCAAAGUCGAUUUGAAAAGGAAAAACAGCAACGGGAACUGAAUCGACGACAAUAA